AUGAGAGCUGCAGUAUGUGUGAGUUACCCAGCUUCUGAGAGACCAAGGAUGAGUCUGGUGGUGCGAGCCUUGGACUCCAUGAUGAUGAUGAAUGUCCACAAUGCUGCCAUUAAUGCGGACUAUGAAGUGGUUCUUGUUGAUGCAUGUAAGGAACCUAAAGAAGCUCUGAACCGCCAUAUGUCGUUUCUCAAGGACAUUAUAAUAAAGAUCAUGCUUAGGAAGGACCCACACAGAAAUAUUGUGCUCAGUGGAGGCUCAACCAUGUUCCUAAGAAUUGCCGACAUGAUGAGCAAGGAAAUUACUGCCUUUGCUCCCUACAACAUGAAGAUCAAGGUGGUGGCACCCUCCGUGAGAAAGUGCAGUGUCUGGACUGGAGGGUCAAUAUUAGCAUUUCUCAACACAUUCUAG